UUUUGAACGUACUAGCAGCAGUGCAUCAUGGGUUACAAAAUGUCUCCUAAGAGUGCUGGCUAAUGCUAAUUUACGAGCGAUACCUGCGAAUAAAUGUAUAUUUUUACCCCUUUUUUCAGCGGUUAUAGUGGCAGUAUAUACAUACGUGAUAUAGUAACUGUAUUCUGCCGAGGCCAUGUCAACUAAAGCGGAGUCCAGGGUGUCCAGCUCUAGCUCCAGAACAGAUGAAAGGAGGAGAUCAAGGAGCACAGGUCAAGAAAAAACGAAGCGUAAGCGCAGCCGUAGUAGAUCUUCCUCGUCGUCCUCUUCCAGUUCAUCGUCAUCAUCUUCGUCAUCUUCAUCCUCAUCGUCCUCUUCUUCAUCGGGUUCUUCACACUCAUCCAGCCACAGUCGGAGUAGCUCGAGCAGUAGCGACUCCCGUAGUAAAUCCAGAAAGCAGUCUAAGAAAAGGAAAAUGGAAAAACAGCCCAAAAAAAAAGGGAAGAAAGAGAAGCGACACAAACGUAAAAAAGACAAGAAAGUAAAAGGAGAAGAAAACGCGGGACCUGUUCAAAUAUCCAAGUACUUGAAGGACAAGAAAAAGGGCAAGUUCAGCAUGAUUUCAGGAAAGAAGAUAAAGAUGAAAGUAAAGAAGUCAAAGAAAGACAAACAGCGGGAUAAAAAUCGAGCACAACUUCUUGACUUCUUGAACUCUACCGUGUGAUGCCUCUGGGGACGGCAGUAGUGGUGCUCGGGCUCGGACAGAACUCAGGAAACAACAACUCGGAGAAACAACAGUGUUCUCUGAGAAAGAGAUGAUGAAUACGACUUGCAUCGACACGCAGGGGCAGCACCGAGCCUGAUGGAGAGCCAAGGAGCUCUUGCUGUGAAGUAGUGAGAUGCGUCCAGACCACUAGCUUCGUUCUCACCGUGGCACCGCCCGGGUGGCCAAUUCUUCAGCUUAGUCUGAAAGCUUUUGUGAUAUGAGAAGCGUUUAUGUCGAGCAGUGUCAUACAACAUUGUAUCUGUAACCAACUACAUCAGAUGAAGUCCAGUGACUGCCGGCGAUCGGCUUCUCAACUUUGUUUGUGGUUUGAACAUAUGGUCACCUCUUUAAAAAAAAAAAAAACUUCUCCGAUUGAGCAUUUCACUCACUUUGGACUCACAAUGGACCAGAGAUAUUGUCUUUUAUUUUUAUUUCACGCAUUUGUCUUCCUUGUCAAAAUAGACACCUACAUUACCCACAAUGCAACUCGACUGCCGACAGUUCGGCCGGAUAUUCGGGUGUGCUAUGCUAGUAGCGAGAUGCUAGAGAUGAGGAGCAGGCUACAGAGGUCUGGUAAGCUCACUUUUUAACUCCGCACCCCCAGUUAAUUUUCAUUUUCAAACUUCUCCUUUUAAAGGUUUAAAUAUUUGUGUUAGCCUGCUGGCUCUGUCCAUCAUUCAUGUCAACCCGUACCACACGUAGGACUGCCCGUACAUUUAUUCCUUUUUGUAGAUAACUAACCGUUAUGUUUCCAAAGUAAGUGUUGGCUGUGAGAGCCACUGUGUUAUCAGCGUGUGCUGAUAUUUAAUGUGUACAUUUUGUUUAAAAUGAUAUGAGAAUGGACUCUGCGUGGUUUGAUGGUAACUGUAUUAUUAUUAUUACUGUCUUAUUCAUAACAUUCAUUCCCCACAAUUCUGUCAUGAGUCAUUUUUAUUAAAUUGAAAUAUAAAAUACUACAAUCACUUAGUCCCCCCUGUAUCAAUCCAGCUGAAAGCUUUAUAUGGAUGAUGGAGUAAACCUGUUCAACCUGUAUUGUUGAAUUCUGAUGCGUGACAAACGGAAAAUAAACAGUAAAUAAACA